GCUUGGUUAACUGGCUGAAAAGCUAAUUCAUUUGGAACCGCACAUCAUUCAGUGGUGAUCUCGACUGAGCGGAGGCGCGCUCGACAUGCUUUGCCGCUACGGCGCCGGUUGGCUGCUGAUUUGGAGCGCUCUGGUGGCGGCCACAUUGGCCAGAGUCUCAUGGACGCCCAUCUACCCGGCCAGCAACAAUCAGAUAGACCUGUGGACGCUACGGGACAGCGGGUGUCCCUGUCCGUUUGCACCGUCCCAGCGAACCUGCGCGUGCUGUUCGGUGGACGGCGGCUGCCCGUGCGGUCGGGCCGCACCGUCCCGCUGCGCACAGUGCGGUCUGCAACAGCACUGCACCAAUAUGUGCAACAUAACAUUGGACAGCCAACUGCUGGACUCCACAUCUGGGAAAAAGUACGGACAGAUCAAGAUGGUGGUAGCUUCAGGUCCACUGUACUGCUGGUACCGAUUUCGAGGGGAGCCGGCCACCCGCAUUGAGGUGCAGGUAUAUCGGAUGAUGCGCUCCGGAAAAUGGACAAACAGUACCGGGUGA